AUGGCUUCAGUGUCCACACAUGAAAACCAAGAAAAAGGUCCCCAUUUGCCACCACCAAGCAAGCAGAGUCUGUUGUUUUGUCCAAAAUCAAAACUGCACAUCCACAGAUCAGAGAUUUCAAAGAUUAUCCGGGAAUGUCAAGAAGAAAGUUUCUGGAAGAGAGCUCUGCCUUUUUCUCUUGUAAGCAUGCUUGUCACCCAAGGACUGGUCCAUCAUGGUUAUUUAGCAGCGAAUCCAAGAUUUGGUUCAUUGCCUAAAGUUGCACUUGCUGGUAUCUUAGGAUUUGGCCUUGGAAAAGCAUCAUAUAUAGGAGUGUGCCAAAGUAAAUUCCAUUCCUUUGAAGGUCAGCUGCGUGGAGCUGGUUUCGGUCCAGGGCAUAAUAGGCACUGCCUGCUUACCUGUGAGGAAUGCAAAACAAAGCAUGGAUUAAGUCAGGAGAGAAGUUCACAGCCUUCAACUUCCUAA